GAAAGUUUCGAUGCUUGACCUGAGUUAAGUGUAGCCAUAGAUUAUUAUUACUCUAUGCGGACUUUACGAACCCUAAGUGUCGUGAAAUGUUUUUUUUCUGUGAUAUUUGACGGGAGUUUGCUAUAUUUGUUUGUGUAUAAAAUAAACUGGCUUGAAGUAACUUUAUGAAACCCAUAGUUUUAUGACAACCCUGUUUUGGACAAUUCCCCGAUACCUUAUUUGCGGAGUUUCUAUAUAGACGAGCCGUGUGCCGUUGGAAGCAAAUCCACAAUCACUGAGCGAGUUUUAGUCCGCGACACCGCCGGCAUACACCGCAGACCGCCCGCAUAGGAUGAUAGAAACUGACCCUGGGCCUAAGAAACCUCACAAUUGUGAUGUAAAAACUGAACACCAAAUAAACGGACCAAGUUCCAAAACUAUUGAUCUUGGCGUCGUGCCAUCGCUGAAAACACCGGCAAAGCUCGACCCAGAAAAGUGCCCGAACUCGGAAAAAGCUGACUUCGAACGGGCAAUCGAACUCACUGGCUAUGGACGCUUUCACUACUUGUUGCUUGCCGUGUGCGGUCUCGUCAGCACUUCAGAGGAGAUGGACGUCAUCUCCAUGUCCUUUAUCCUACCUUCUGCGCAGUGCGACUUAGAACUUACCACACAGACCAAAGGAUGGCUCAACAGCAUAAUUUUUAUCGGGAUGAUGGUGGGCGCAUACGCGUGGGGCUCGGUAGCGGACUCGUUGGGACGCAAACGCGUUUUAAUCGCCAUUUCCAUCAUCAACGCACUGGCUAUAGUCGCCUCGUCAUUCAGCCAAAACUAUGAACUCUUUAUGUUUUUCCGAUUUAUGAAUGGCGCCGCUUUGGGAGGUUCAGGUCCAGUUAUCUGGUCCUACUUUGCAGAGUUUCAGCCAAAAAAGAAACGAGGUGCGAUGUUGAGUUUCAUGGCAGCUUUUUGGACUCUGGGAAAUUUGUUCGUAGCUGGCCUCGCUUGGGUCAUUAUUCCAAGUGAAAUCGGGGGCGUGACAGGUGGUUUCGUCUACAAUUCUUGGCGUAUCUUCCUACUGGUCAUGUCACUUCCUUCCUUUUUGGUAGCUGCUUUGUUGUUUCUUCUACCAGAGUCCCCAAAGUUUCUCAUAUCAACUGGACGUCACGAAGAAGCCUUAGAAGUAUUUCGUGGUAUUUACAUGAUGAAUACCGGCCGGGAUAAAGAUCAAUACCCAGUCAAACAAAUUUUGGUAGACGAACCUUUACACACCAAACCAGAGAAACAAAUUGAAGCGAAAGAGCCUAAGUCCAAAUUGAGAAGAAUGAUGAGUGAUAUCGUGGAACACAGUAAACAGCUGUUCGUUCCACCAAUACUGAAAUUUACUACGAUCUCUAUAACAAUAAACUUUACAUUCCAUAUAGGUUACUACGGUCUCAUGAUGUGGUUCCCUGAAAUGUUCAACCGUUUUGACGAGUGGUCGCGGACGCACGACAACGCUGAAGCGGAUAUCUGCCAAGUGACGGCCUACGUCACUCAGUUCGGCACGCACUCGGCGGAGGCGCGCUGUGACUCGCACAUACACUCGGAUGUCUUUAUGGAGUCACUUAUUACUGUGGCUGCUGCUAUUCCAUCAAACAUAUUCGCGGUACUUGGGAUGGACAGGCUGGGCAGAAAAUUCUUCUUAGUGUUCGCAACAUUUUCGGCGGGUCUCUGCUCGGCGGCAAUGUACUUUGUGUACAACAAGACUAAUAACCUUAUCGUGAGCGCCAUCUUCAGCUCCGUCAUCUCUUGCGGAAACGCCUCCCUUGACUGCCUCAUCACUGAAGUCUUCCCUACUAACUUACGUGCAACGGGAGUAGCUGUAUCCAUGGUAGCAGCCCGUCUCGGUGGUAUCAUCGGUAACGUGGUCAUCGCUGCGCUGCUGGACCAGUACUGCCCCGCUCCGACGUUCAUCGUCGCCGUGCUGCUCGCUGGCGGCGGCCUGAUGUGUCUCUUCUUACCCAACACUACGAGACAAGCUUUACAAUAACCAAAAUAAAUUCGCAAAAAAAUUGCAUCAUAUUAACUGUUCCCGCCAAAUACAGAUAAAAUAUGUUAUAAAAAAGUACUAUGUUAUUUUUAUAGAUUUAAAAAAAAUCAUUUCACGGAUAUUUUAUUAAGCAGUUUUUUUACUCCGAGCCUCGAUAACUGUAAAAUCACUUUUUGCCUUAUAUAAUUGAUGUAGAUAGUUUCUUAUAAAUAUUGUAAUAUAUCCUUAAUGAUGUAAUCAUAAUAAAUCUACUUUUUUUAAAUGGUCCUUUUAAAAAUAAUAAGACUAUAAAGAGGUUGUCAUAUCGUAUUAAGAAAUUGCGUAUUUUAUUGAAAGUAUUGUAGGCUAAGUUACCGUCAAUUUAAUUUAUAACCAUUAUUAGCAAUUGUAUUAACAUGUUACGAAUUUAUAAAUAAAAAGAAAGUUAGAAUA